GACAACAGAUGCUUAAUAUAGCGGCUGGUGUUUUCUAGGACACCAUUUCAGUUGUAUCUCAUUCGUAUUUGAUUGAAAGUGUAAAAAGCGCACUAGUUUUCUCGUAGCUCUGUUGGGGCUCAUGGGAGCUCAAGAAUGGAUAUUGGGGUUGUGGGCCUUGCCCUUAUGGCAUUGUGAUUUCUUAUGGUCCUAAUGUGACACAAGUUAUAUGGGGAACUUGAAGUAGGUGGAUGAGUUCUUCAGCUCUCACCUUAAUGGCUACCUUUUAGAGGGAUGUUUUCUCAAGGCACUUGAAAGCUAGCAUCAGAGCCAGUUCCACACUCGAAAGCUCAAUGCUCGAAGCUUCCUAUAGGUUGGGAUAGGAGAAAUGAGUUAUCAAUCUCAACAGAGCUUCAAGAAAAUGUCUGCCAGUGCCGGAAUCCUUACAUCUGCGGUUGCUGGAUCUGGAUAUCAAGGCCUAAAAGCCAACUCAGCAAAACAGCUGUUCCCUGCUAAGGAUUCUAUUUCAUGGAACAGCAAAACUGUCUCUAACGGUUCCAGAAUUCAUUGCAUGAAGACAUGGAAUCCAAUCAAUAACAAGAAGUUUGAGACACUUUCUUACCUUCCUCCACUCUCCGAUGACUCGAUUGCCAAGAAUAUCGAUUACAUGAUAAAAAUGGGAUGGAUCCCUUGCCUUGAAUUUGAUGAGGUUGGGCACGUGCGUAGAGAGAAUAGCAGAAUGCCAGGAUACUAUGAUGGGAGAUAUUGGACAUUGUGGAAGCUCCCAAUGUUUGGUUGCAAUGACUCUGCUCAGGUUCUAAAUGAAAUGCAUGAAUGCAAAAAAGCAUACCCAAAUGCUUAUAUACGCUGCUUGGCAUUUGACAACAAGAAGCAGUGUCAGUGCAUGUCCUUCAUCAUUCAAAAACCUCAACUCUAAGGGGAGUUAAGUUUGGCCUUCUUCUUUAUGUCUGUCUGUGAUUUCCUCUUUUGUGCUGCAAAUAAAAUGGUGGGUGGUGGUUGGGUUUUCACCUAAGUGGAUUUGCUUGUGGCCAUGGAUUAAAUAAGUAAUGAUAUCUGUUGGAAUGAUUACUUAUUUUUAUAA